AUGGCACAGAUGAACAUUGCGCUUUCCACGGUUGGGAGGAUCGCCAAAUACCAUCUGUACGGAUGUUUGACGCUGGUACUGGUUCUGGGAGAGGCCAACGUCGUAUCUAAGAUUGCAUUGGCCGCGUACGUUGGGGUCUAUACCAUAGUGUUAUUAUGUUACAGCUGGAUCGUGUAUCUCAAGUCUUUCCAGAUUGUCCCGGAAAAACACCAGGGACUGCUGAAACUGGCGCUCAACCUUCUCCCGCUCAUUCUGGAGAAAGUGUCGCGCCUGCUCAUCGAAAUAGUAACCUUUGGCCUCCGAGUAAUUGGCGUUUCCACGAAAAACACGGCCGUGAACGAGCUAGUUGUUGCGUUUGGCAUUGUGAGUCUCCGCAAGCUCGUUGCGCUGCUCUGUUGGGCAUACAUCACCCAGGAAGACGACAACAGUCUUCAUCUGAAGGCGUUUCUGGCGUUCUGUUUGAUGAACCUGAUCCAGACUCGGUUUAUCAUAAAAAAUGAUACCGUCAAGACCGACCGCGUUAGCUGGAGCGAGGGGUUCCGCAGCUUCGUUAAUAGAUCGGCCAAGUUUGACAAGCGUCAGUCCCAGACGCUGCGGUUCCGGCGAAACGCGCUGUUUCUCACCAACAGCGCGGUUUCGGUGCUGCUGUUUGUAUCAAUGUUCAAAUACUACUGGCAGUUACAAAACAGCUACUUCAAAGUGAUGAGCGUGAUGAUCCGGCUUGUGUUGGUGUUGGACCUGGAGUUCCUGCGGACCCUGUGCGACGAGUUCCACGGGUUCAAAGUCGUGGUGGGCGGAGAAAAGAGUAAUGUAUAG